AUGUCGUUGAGAAUGCCGACCGCCCCCAAUGCGGGUUUAUUCAAACAGGGCUAUCAAACCCACUCAAACGCCGAUGGCGCAGUCAAUAGAAAUAUUCAGGCUUGUCGAGAGAUCAGUUCCAUGGUUUCAACGUCGCUUGGACCUUGUGGAAAAAAUAAGAUUGUGGUUAACCAUCUGUCCAAGAUCUUUAUCACCAAUGAUGCUGCCACGAUGCUCAAAGAGCUUGAUGUUGUUCAUCCUGCUGUUAAGGUUUUGGUAAUGGCUUCUGAGCAGCAAGAGCUGGAGAUGGGCGACAACACCAACUACGUGCUAGUUCUGGCUGGCGAACUUCUCCAUUUGGCAGAGAAGCUGAUCACUUUGGGUUUGACACCUACUGACAUCAUUCAGGGCUAUAAACUGGCUAAUACGCUCACCUUAAAGGAGCUGGAGACUUUGUCUGUGGAUACUGUUCAAGAUGUGACUCAGAAAUCGGAAUUGCUCAAGCUGAUCAAGCCGGUGAUUGCCUCCAAACAAUACGGAUUGGAAGAUUCUUUGAGCGAACUUGUGGCCGAAGCCGUGUUGAACACACUUCCAAAGAAGAACCCCAAAGCGUUCAACGUCGACUCCAUCAGGGUGGUGAAAAUCAUGGGUGCCUCCCUGGACUCGUCGUUUGUGGUAAAGGGAAUGGUCUUUCCAAGAGAACCAGAAGGCCAUGUCAAGAACAUCACAGAGAAGAGCAAGGUGGCCAUCUAUACCUGUCCAAUAGACAUUUCUGCCACGGAGACAAAGGGCACAGUGUUGCUCCACAAUGCCAAGGAGAUGCUGGAUUUCAGCAAGGGCGAAGAGGCGCAACUGGACCAGAUGGUUAAGGAGAUCAGUGACAGUGGUGUCCGUGUCGUUGUUGCGGGUGCUGGAAUUGGAGAACUCGCGUUGCAUUACCUGAACAGAUACAACAUCUUGGUGCUGAAGGUUCCGUCCAAGUUCGAUCUUAGGAGGAUCUCGAGAGUGUGCGGUGGUGUUCCGCUUGCCCGUUUGGGAGCGCCCCUUCCAGAGGAGUUGGGAUCCGUCGAUAUCGUCGAGACUAAGGAGAUUGGUGGUGACAGAGUGACUGUUUUCAGACAGGACCAGGAUUCAUCCCUGACCGCUACCAUCGUGAUCAGAGGUGCCACGAAGAACAACCUCGACGACAUUGAGAGAGCCAUUGAUGACGGUGUUUCUGCCAUCAAGGGAGUCUUGAAGGACAACAGACUGCUUGCCGGUGCCGGUGCUGUCGAGGCAGAGCUCGUGAAGAGAAUCACUGCCCAUGGAGAAAAGACCCCUGGAUUGCUGCAAUUAUCCAUCAAGAAGUACGCCGAGGCUUUUGAGUUUGUUCCACGUCUCCUCUGUGAGACUUCUGGUAUGAACCCAACAGAAGUGCUUCCCCAGUUGUAUGCCGCACACAGCGGUGAGGAUUCCAUCAGACAGGGAAUCAACAUCGACGCCGAGUCUCCAGCCGAGGCCGUUUUUGACAUAAAGACAGAGCAGAUCUAUGACCUGUUCGCUGCCAAGAGAAACGCCAUCAACUUGGCCACGGAUGCUGCAUGCACCGUGCUUAGUGUUGACCAAAUCAUCGUGGCUAAGAGAGCAGGCGGUCCAGUGAUGCCCAAGCAAGCGAGACCGGGUAACUGGGAUCAGGCUGACUGA